AUGCAUUUUAGGGCUUUUGUAAUUGGAGCUUUUGAUUUCACGGGUGUCAAUGAAAUUCGGCUGAUGGAUCCAAAACCCUCGAAGUUGUAUGCGUCUUCCUCUACGCGCGAUCGAACCGAUUUGAGUCAGUCCGAGUACGAAUUGGAUUUGACUAGAAAGUAUUCGCGAUUUAUUAACAGAAGUGAAAGCGAAGGAGCUGCGCCAGAAAUCAGUCGAUUCCCCAGCCUUUCGCGCCAUCGUGUACUAGCCAUCGUCUGCAAGCUAAUUCCUUUUGGUUGGCAAGCUAUGGUAAUUGGUCGAGGCUACCUCCGGCCCCUCUUAAUGGGUAUUUGUGUAGACGCUGAGUUCGAUGUUUUCAAUGUGUUCUCCAAUAAGAUUAAAGGGGAAGUUGACAGUUGGAAUUACAUUGUUGUUUGUUUAUCCAAUGCAAUUUGUUUGUCCUAA